AGAGAAUGAUAAAAUGGUGCAUUCGUCGAUCAAACCGGGCCACACAUCCGAAGCUAGAAAUUAAAUUAAUAUCCACCAUUUUGUUUAUUUUCGUGAAAAUAACUUUUUACCCGGAUAAUUAAGUGAAUUUUAUGAUAUCCCGCUUCGCAGGGUAUUGCCAGAGGUCUCGAGCAGUGGUCAAAAGAUUAGGAAUGUGCUAUUAGCGUACCUAUCUAUUGUCGGGCCCUUGUGUUGAAAUUUGCAGACAUCGGCCGCGCCGCUAGUAAACACUCUUUGAAAAUUAACAUCCUAUCGUCAAAGAAAAAUAAAAAAUCGGGUGCGCAGAGUGUAAGAGUCGAUGAGAAAGGUUCGUUGAAAUUCGUGCAACGGAUUUUCAGCAGGUCGAGAGGGAGUAAUCCCCUGGCGUUAAAGGAAAUUUCUAAGAGUUGCGGGCGAGAGUCCCCCGUGGCGCGCCCGGCUAACAUGAACCACACGCCUGCUCCCGACAGGCAGCAUCAGGACUCCAAUGUGAACCAAGUUGAGGAGAUGGAAACUCAAGACGUGGAAACUGUUGAUACAGCAACAGAAAAGACUUGGGACAACGACCUAAUACGGCCCAACGGAGAAGUUGUCAUGGGUGACGACGACAUGGUUAUGAAGAAUCAGGAAACUACAUCUUCGGAUAUGCCACUCGCGUGUCUCGAUGCCGAAAUGGAAGACGAUGAAGCGAGGUCGGAAGCGACUUUCCGUUUUACGGUGCAGAAUUUCAGGGGUCUAAAGGACUCUGUGCUCUCGCCGCCAUGUUAUGUGCGCAAUCUUCCAUGGAAAAUUAUGGUGAUGCCGCGGCAGGCGCCGUCACCUGAUCGCCAACAGCAGAAGUCCCUAGGGUUCUUCCUUCAGUGCAAUGGAGAAAGCGAGUCUUCGAGUUGGUCCUGCUACGCCAUGGCUGAACUAAGACUCAUUUCCCAUAAGCCAGAUACAGAACCAUUUUUCAGAAAAAUUCAACAUUUGUUUUAUAGCAAAGAGAACGACUGGGGCUUCUCUCACUUUAUGGCUUGGAACGACGUCCUUGAUCCCGAGAAGGGCUACAUAAAGGACGACUCUAUAACCUUAGAGGUUCAUGUUACGGCGGAGGCACCGCAUGGAGUUUCCUGGGACUCAAAGAAGCACACUGGUUAUGUAGGUCUGAAGAAUCAAGGCGCCACUUGCUAUAUGAACUCAUUGCUGCAGACACUUUAUUUCACGAAUCAAUUGAGGAAGGCUGUAUAUAAAAUGCCCACAGAAUCUGAUGACAGUACCAGAUCAGUUGCAUUGGCACUUCAAAGAGUAUUCUACGAGCUCCAGUUCUCUGACAAACCAGUUGGUACUAAGAAACUUACUAAGAGUUUUGGAUGGGAGACGCUCGAUUCCUUCAUGCAACAUGACGUCCAAGAGUUUUUGAGGGUGCUUUUGGAUAAGUUGGAGAGCAAAAUGAAAGGAACGUGUGUGGAGGGAACUGUACCGCGACUUUUCGAGGGCAAGAUGACCUCGUAUAUCAAGUGUAAGAACGUUAAUGUGUCCAGUACACGCGUUGAAACCUUCUAUGACAUUCAGCUCAACAUCAAAGGGAAAAAGAACAUUGAUGAAUCCUUCAAAGACUACAUCAGUACUGAGACUUUAGACGGUGAGAAUAAAUACGACGCCGGUGAACACGGCCUUCAAGAGGCAGAGAAGGGGGUGAUAUUCGCAUCUUUUCCGCCGGUGCUGCAUCUCCAUCUGAUGCGGUUCCAAUAUGACCCCAUUACCGAUAAUUCAGUCAAGUUCAACGACAGGUUUGAAUUCUACGAGCAUAUCAACUUAGAUGCUUACUUGCAAGAAAAGCCAGAGACUCCUGCAGAUUAUACGUUGCACGCUGUCCUGGUACAUUCGGGUGAUAACCACGGUGGACAUUAUGUGGUGUUUAUCAACCCCAAAGGAGAUGGCAAGUGGUGCAAGUUCGAUGACGAUGUGGUGUCUCGUUGCACGAAGCAAGAAGCGAUCGAGUAUAACUAUGGUGGUCACGAUGAAGAUAUGGCGCUCACAGUACGCCACUGUACCAAUGCAUACAUGUUGGUUUAUAUCAGGGAUUCUCAGCUCAAGACUGUAUUACAAGAAGUCACUCAAGCGGACAUACCCACAGAACUGAGCGAAAGGUUGGCUGAGGAAAAAAGAAUUGAGACGAUCCGUCGCAAGGAGCGCAACGAAGCCCAUCUUUACAUGAAUGUGAACGUGGUACUUGAGGAGGCGUUUGAUGGUCACCAAGGAAACGAUCUUUACGACCCAGAGCGUGCUCAUUACCGCGUUUUUCGAGUCCGCAAACAGGCGACCGUCGCCGAACUGAUGGAAAUGUUGGCGGAGAACUUCCGCUAUCCGCUCAAGCAGUUACGCCCGUGGCCGUUUAGUGCACGCUCUAAUCAGACUUGCAGACCAACCUGUUUGGAUAUAGUGAAUGACCAACACAAGACAGUAGCGGACGUAUCAGAGAACAUGAACCCGUGGAACAUAUUCCUUGAGAUGCUGCCACCCGAUUCUGGGCUCAGCGCUCUGCCCACAUUCGAUAAGGAAAUUGAUGUAGUAUUAUUCUUCAAGUACUACGAUCCGAAGCAGAAGCGUAUACAUUAUUGCGGACAUCACUACUUGCCGAUAGCGAGCAAGCCCGCUGAUCUCAUACCGAUACUCAAUAAGCGAGCAGGAUUCCCUCCUGACACGCCCCUCGUCCUGUACGAGGAGAUCAAGCCGGACUUUGUAGAGAAGAUUAAUAACUACAACGAUCCUCUCGAAAAGGUAUUGGACGAACUGAUGGACGGCGACAUUAUCGUGUUCGAGCGCGCCGACCACCGGCACGAGGACCUCGAGCUGCCCACCUGCCAGGACUACUUCAAGUACAUUUUCUAUAAGGUGGAAGUGCAAUUCGUCGACAAGACUCUGCCGAAUGACCCUGGUUUCACAAUGGAGCUCUCAAUGCAAAUGCGUUACGACCAGAUGGCGCGAGCGGUCGGUCAGCACCUUAAUGUGGACCCUUACUUAAUACAGUUCUUCAAGUGUCAGAACUACAAGGAUAUUCCUGGAGUGCCACUAAAAUACUCUUACGAUGGUAUACUUAAGGACUUAUUAGUAUACUGUAAACCAAAGUGCCCUAAGAAGUUAUUCUACCAGAUAUUAUCAAUUAAAGUUAACGAAUUGGAUAACAAGAAACAGUUCAAAUGUUUAUGGGUUGGUCCAAAUUAUAAAGAAGAUAAAGAAUUAAUUUUAUAUCCAAACAAAGGUGGUAAAGUUGCAGAUAUAUUAGCGGAGGCAGCUAAAGUAGUUGAAAUGUCCCCAGAGGGUUCAAAGAGAUUAAGGAUCGUGGAAGUGUCUUGUCACAAAGUGUUACCUGGCCCUGAUCCCGAGAUCACGCUGGAUCAAGUCGCCAUAUCGCCUCCCAGAUUGUAUAGAAUAGAAGAAAUACCAAAAGACGAGCUUCAGUUGCAGGAGGAUGAGGUAUUGGUGCCGUGCGCUCACUUCCACAAGCAGGUGUACGCGACGUUCGGGAUACCGUUCUACACUCGCGUCAAACACAACGAGCCCUUCCAGGCGGUCAAGGAUCGCCUGCAGAAGAAACUCGAUAUACCAGAUAAGGAAUGGGAAAAGUACAAUUUCGCUGUAGUGACAAAUGGCAGACCUAAUUACAUAAGUGAAGGAGCAGUAAUAAAUAUUUACGACUUCAGGCCAACUAGUAAUGCAAACAUGUCCCUCCCAGACUCGACGGGCGUCCGACCGUGGUUGGGGCUCGAGCAUAUCAACAAGACGCCAAAGCGUUCACGUGUCAACUACCUCGAGAAGGCAAUCAAGAUAUACAAUUGAGCAUGUUCAUACACACACACACUGGCCGAUAGGCUUUUCAUCUUGUAUGCCAACACGAUGUAUUACAUACUUCGAUGCUUAAAAGUCGUUUUAGAACCACAGUUAUAUUAUAGAUUUUUUGUAACAACCCGGGGCUCAAGUUGUAUAUUUGAGUGAUUCAAUUAGUAAUGAAGAAGUUAUUGUGUAAAUAAAUUGUGUAAAUAAACGAUUCGAUUCGGUUAUGAUAAGUUUUCUGCUACACUUUUUAUUUGUUGGAGUUACGGAUUUGUGUUUUGUUGAACAUAAUAUUUUUUUUUUAAAUUUGUUAUAAAUCUGGAUAUAAUAUAAAUUUAAUCCAAUUUGAGCCCUGGAAAUGAUUGUGAAUGAAAAUACUGUUAUUUUGUAAAAGAAAAUGUUAUGAGCAGUGCAGGAACUAUAGUUAUUACCCUUUCAUUCUAAGUUAAGGUUAGAUUAGAUAAAAUGGACAACUAUUCUAAUGUUUUUUCAUAUAAAUUAUUUGCACUUCAUAGAGUUGUUAAUUAUAUGAUAUAGAAAUAGAAGUGUGUAAUUCAUGGUGUUUAUAUAGAAACUUAAUUUAUAUAUGCUGGACCGUUACAUACAAACUUAUAAUGUUUGCCGCUAAUGUAAUGUUAUUAUCACAUUGUUUCGUAAAAUUGCCUUAUUUACACAUUUGUUUUGAACAGAGAAAACCCCACUAUAUUGAAAAUAUCUAUUGACUCCUUUUAACGUGCGUCAACCUGUGCAGUAGAUCACGUAACAUAUCUACGUCAUACUUUGACUAGGGAACAAACUAUGUAGUAAUCGUUAAUUUGCAAAGUUAUAUUUCCCUCUCGUUUUUCAAAACUUUGUUCUCAAAUUAUAUGGUUAUGUUAUUUUUUACAUGUAGUCCUGCUUUAAUCGUAGACGAAUUGAAGUUAUUUCGGAGUCGAUCCCUAUGCUAUGUCGCCGUCAUUCGUUUGAAGAUAGACAAAGAUAUACAGUCUGAAUCGUAUGCCAAUUUGUGAUUAAGACGAUUGUGUACCACUAUUAUUAGUUCUCGAUAGAAGAAACUAAAAUUAGUAUACGUAACUUUUAAGUGUUCCGUGUAUUCAUACUGUUUGACCGGUAGAGAACGCCUAUAUGGCAUUAAGUCCGCCGUUUCUUUAUAUUUUAGGCAAUAAAAAAUAAAUACAAAACACUUACGUUUGUACACACAGCAGCAUGUUAGAUUACAAAUAUUAAAAUGUCUAAUAUCUGCAGUUAAUUUUGAACUUAACAUUUUAGAGGUUCGAUAUGAAAUGCAUCGAUUUACUAAUUUUGCUGUUGUCUGUACUAAUUUCCACGUUUGCCUAUUUAAAAUUUCUUGUAGCAACUUAUAAUAGUGGUGCGGUGAUACUUUACGUUUUUAUUUAUAAUUUUAGCUCGUAUUCGGUUAAACAGUCAUUCGGCGAGCUCUAACAACUCUAACUUAUUAUCUUGAAAAUUGAUGUUAACAAUCCAACUAUAUUAGAGUAUUAAGCCGUGAUCAUCAUGUAUAUCGUUUGUAAAGCUAGAAAGUUGUGAUGUUCUAUUGUGUUUAAACUACGUCAAUUUAUCGUUCAUGUAAUAAAAUAUUUCUAGCGUCAUUUCAGUGUUGAGAUUGUAUCGUAUCCUCCCGGUUUGUAGAUUACCAAAACAAUGUAAAUUUUAUCUUAUUUAUUUAUAUACGCUGAAGAAAUACACUAUUGCUGAUUUGAAGUUUAUGGGAAUAGUCAAUUUCGACCUUAUUGUCAACGAGCCUUGUUUCUAUCGAAAACUUUUUGGUGAUUCGGCAAAAUUAAACAUUGAUAGAGUAUACAUCGUUAUUUAGAUACGAAGGAAUAAAAUAUAUAGUGAUGACUGUGUAAUAAUAGUAUAUAAAUAUAUAGAAAAAAAUGUGCCUGUGUUUAUAGCUUGCUGGUAUGCGUGGCUUAUGCGAUAUGUUGUCCGCAAUACAACCAGUAAGAAAGAUGAUAGUUAUAAUCGAUAUCUCAAUGAAUUUUAAAAUAAGAUUUAGUCGCGCUCGAGAUGAAUAAUUAUGUAUUAUUUGUAAAAGAGUAAGAGAUAUAAAUCUAUUAUUGUUUUCAGAUAGUUUAUGUGACUAAUUGCCUCUAAAAUAUUAUAAAGAUAACUCCUUUUUAUUUUUUACAAUUUUGGUAGAUUUUUUUUUAUAAAUUAAGAUUGAAUCAGUGCAAUUAGAUAAUGUUCAGCCAUACUAUAGUUAAAUUAUCAAAGCUAUUCUUGAAGUAUUUUGCCAGUUUUAUAAUAUUCGCAAACAAAUGUUCAUUAAUGUUUCAAACUUACUAUUUUAAUGUUAUGUUAUUUCUAAUCUUAUUUCAUCAUUUAUUAGUGUGACCCUACUGUCGGUAUCUUUUCUGUGUCUAUUACUAGAUCUGUAAAGAGAAUAUGAACUUUUUACUAUCCUCUUGUAGUUUUGUAUAAAAAAUUUUAUUUUUAUAGAUGGAUGAAACAUUAAAGUACUUAUAAAUUUAUAAAUGAUCAUAAAAUAAUUUGGUGGGGUUGUAUAUGUCGAAUCAAUGAUAGAAGCUUCGUCCCCGCCGAUGACUAACGAACCUAUAUUUUGAAUACAUCAAGUUUUUUUGUUUUAACAUUGUCAAUGAUUGUAAUUGUGAUAGUAAAUAUUAGUGAUUGCUUGUAUAUAGCUACUGCACAUACAUAUGUACUGUUAGGUGUUUACAAAUCAUGUUCGUUCUCACUCUUCAGAUAAAAUUCAAGUAUACAGUCGAUCUAAAUAUCUUGAUAAUGCUUUGCAAGUUAUUAACAAUAAAUACGUGCAAUAAUACACGGUAAUAACGUUUCAAUUCACUUGAACACCCAAAUGUUUGUUUAUAAAUAUCUAAAGCGAUCUUUGUGGUGUAAAACUAUUUUAAAUACAAAUUACUUGCGUGUUUUCAGUUUUAUAGAUUAACGAAGUGUAAUUAAUGAAGCUUAGUGUUUUAAUUAUUGUCGAAUUACCAAAAUGAGUGUGUAUAUUUGAGGCGAGCGAAAAUAGUUUUUAUAAAAGCGGAAUAUGUAAUUUUGUUUUUACGAUUAUGAAUUAUUAUCGUAAACGUAAACGAGCGCCUCGAAUGUACAGUGUUUUAAUGCACGUAAUAGUAUAUAACACUAGCACUCUACUGUUAAUUCUGGCUGAAAGCCCAAUAACACCCGAACAUACAUAAUGUUACUAUAUUUAAUUUUUUUUUAACUUGACCUGCCAGAGAAAUGUUACGUUAUUAAAUAAAUGAUUAUGUCGAAAUUAUGUAUAUAUAUGAUGUAAUAAAUUAAGAAAAAAAAUACAAUAAGUUUUCGUAAAGAUGCCUUAGAUGUUUUAAGACACUAGUAAUCUGAAUUGAUAAUACUUAAUUUAAUUUAUACCCUUUUGGUUUUCAUUUCGUUCAUAUAAAAUGGUAACUCAUUCACAUUGUAUUUUAAUUGAGAGUCGUUUUUAAUAUAUUCUCACGUGUGGCUUUUAUAUCGAUAUAACUGACUCGGCGCGGAGCUAUUUAACAAUGUGUGUUGGUUGCGAUAUUUUCAUUAACAUGGUUUGAGGUAUUUGAGACGAAAAUAGAAACAUAGUGGCUUAGAAUAAAUGCCCGAAUAAUUAUGGCAAAUGGGAUUAUAAUGUAGUGUACAAUGGAAGACCUCACGGGGACGCGAUUUCCGUGUGACCGAGUAUGUACACACGGCAUGUGCAAACUCGGAAUGUGCUCCAAUAUCUGUUAUGUUGGAUUUGAAUGUUUCAAUGAAUAUAAUCCUAUAUUUGUUUAAUUUGGUUUGUUUUGUGCGAAGGACUCCCUUUGGAAUCGAAUUGACCGUUAAGAUUUUGAAUUGAAUUUAUAAU